CAAAAUCAGAAAAUUUUCCCCAAAGCAGUAAAAUGUGAUCUCCAGCCUCUAGGGUUUCGGAUGAAGUUCAAAUCGAAUUUCCAAAAUAGAGGAGGAGAGAUCGAUGAAGAGGCUACUUUGUUUCUCCCUCUCCUGCAAAACCGUUCCUUCCACUCGUUCUCCUCGCCCCCACCAUGCUGCCCUCCUCUUUUCCGUCUUACCUUACUCGGCCUCCGCCGCCGCAUUCAGCACUGAGAAGCACAUGUUCAUGGCCCAGUACCUCGUCGACUCAUGUGGUUUCGACCAGAAGAAGGCCACCGAGGCCUCGAAACAUCUCAAGGGCAUCCAAUCUCGGCAGCAGCCCGACUCAGUACUUGCUUUCCUCAAAAGUUACGGUUUCGAUGACGCAUCAGUAAAAAAGCUCGUACAUUGCUCCCCCAAAUGUCUUCUUUUGGACGUAGAGAAGACACUUGCCCCAAAGUUCCGAGCUUUUGAAGAUCUGGGUUUCUCCCCAUCCGACAUCGUCCACCUCGCCCGAUCAAAUCCCUUCACCACCCGAAUCAAACACGAACGCAGUGUGCCUAGGAUCAAAUUUUGGCAAGACCUUCUCGGGUCCAAGGAUGCGCUGAUGAAGUUGUUCAAGAGUAACAAUUGGGUUCUUGGGUACAGCAUCAAGAAGAGAAUCCAGCCCAACCUUGAGUUGCUUCGGGAAUGCGGCGUGGAUGGACAAAAGCUCAACUUUAUCUUGCGCUUUCACCCAAUGUUCAUAUCGCAGAAAAUUGAUACCUUGAAGUCGUUGAUCAGUCGCGUGGAGGACUUGGGAGUGCCACGGACAUCGGGGAUGUUCCAUUGCACUCUGUGUGCUCUUUUCAUGGUCCACCCAAAUAAAUUCAAGAUGCUAAUGGAGUUGUUCCGGAGCUUCGGGUGGUCUCAGGGUGAUGUUGUUGCAGCAUUCCAAAAGUAUCCUGCUAUGGCAGGAAGGUCUUUGAAGAAUUUGCAGAGAAAAAUGGAGUUCUUGAUAAAUGAAGUUGGAUGUGCUUCUUCUUACAUCGCUACACAUCCAGUACUAUUGACCCUGAGCUUGGAGAGAAGGUUGAUUCCUAGACAUCGGAUCUUAGCAACCUUGAAGUCUAGAGGGCACUGUGAAAGGGAUUACAAAGUGACAACAUACAUGAUGAGUUCCGAGGACAAAUUCAUAGAGAAGUACGUCAUCGUCUAUAAGGACAGGUAUCCGGAUCUGAGUGGACUCUAUGCCAGCUUAAAGCACACAAUGGCUUCUGAUUAGGGACUUCAAUGACGUAAAUUAGUUUUUCCCCUGCAAGUUAUGGUUCAUGUUACCAUUUUUCACUGUAUGGCUGCUCCUUUGUCAAACUCUAAAGCUAACAUUUAUGCCAACAAGCAUGAAUAUAAGAAUUUGAACAAUCAUGAUCUUGUUUUGCAUGUCAAUAUGCAUGAAGAUAAUAACAAUAUCUUCAACAAUUCGCAGGAUCAUGAUCUUGAUUUUGCAUAUCAAUUGGGCUAAAAGCUCACAAAUUUGUCGCUUAUUAUGUUAGAUAAUUGUUAUUCUUGCAUCAUGUGACUCUACUACAAGAGAGACAUUCUUCCUUUAUGAACAUGCAGUAAUUUUUC